CUCCGCCACCACGUCAACAAGUGUGCUUACUGACACUGCCAGCUGCCGAAGUUCGUCACGCCCAUACACUCACACCAUGCCCGCCGUCAAAGUUCCUGACACCCCAGUGGAAGUUCUUGUGGAUCUGCUCACAAAAGCCAGUGAGAUCGCUGCAUCCAGUGGCAAUGUCCCAGAAGAGUUGACAAGUCAAUUGCAUAAGGCUCUGGACAUAGCCAGUGGCCUGGAUGACUACCUGGAGAAAAUGACCACGCAGGAAAGUGAACCUCUGGCAGAGAUAUAUAAGAAUACAAUUUCUCAUGACUGGGAUCAAGUUCACAAAGAGGGCAAAACUAUGUUCCGGCUUCCUAAGGAGUGCAUCACUGGACAUGUUGAAGGCCAGACCCUGAAGAUGCUGGUUCGCAUGAGUCAAGCCAAGAAGGUCCUAGAGAUUGGGAUGUUCACUGGCUACGGAGCUCUGUCCAUGGCUGAAGGGCUUCCUGAGGAUGGUUGCUUAGUUGCGUGCGAGUUAGAGCAAUACCUCAAAGAGUUUGCUCAGCCCAUUUUUGACAAGUCUCCACAUGGCAAGAAGAUUACUGUCAAAACUGGCUCUGCAAUGGACACCCUAAAGGAAUUAGCUGCUGCUGGUGAGCAGUUUGACAUGGUCUUCAUUGACGCUGACAAGAAUAAUUACAUCAACUACUACAACUUUAUCCUGGACAACAAUCUGCUGAGAUUACGAGGGGUCAUUUGUGUAGAUAACUCACUGUUCAAAGCGAAGGUUUAUCUUAAAGACACCACAGAUAACAACGGAUUGGCGCUUCGAGAAUUCAACCAGUUUGUCUCUAAUGAUCCACGUGUGGAGCAGGUCAUUCUCCCUCUCAGAGAUGGCAUCAGCGUUAUCUGCCGGGUGUCUGCAGCCUCCGAGUGUGCAAGGACACAGAGUAAAAUAACAGAUGAUGAGGUUUUCCGUGGGGUCAAGGGGCGCCCUAUUCUCGAUCGGAUGCAUCUUGAUGGAAAGGUGGCCUACGUGACGGGUGCUGGUCAGGGUAUAGGUCGAGCAUUCGCUCAUGCUCUGGGGGAAGCCGGUGCAAAGGUGGCUGUGAUAGACGUGGACAAAGAUAAAGCUGAGGCCGUGGCUAAAGAGCUCUUUCUUAAAGGUAUCAAUGCCAUUUCAAUCACAGCUGACAUCAGCAAGUCAGAUGAUGUCCAGAGGAUGAUUGACAACAUCGUUUCCAAAUGGGGAGCGAUCCACAUCGCUUGUAACAAUGCCGGCAUCAAUAUGAACUCAGCCAGUGAAGACACCAGUCUAGAGGAGUGGGACCAAACCUUUAAUGUCAACCUGAGGGGGACUUUCAUGUGCUGUCAGGCUGCAGGUCGAGUGAUGUUGAAGCAAGGAUAUGGCAAGAUUAUCAACACAGCCUCCAUGGCCAGUCUAAUAGUCCCCCAUCCCCAGAAGCAGCUUUCCUACAACACAUCCAAGGCCGGAGUGGUCAAACUGACUCAGACUCUGGGCACUGAAUGGAUUGACAGAGGAGUGCGCGUCAACUGCAUCUCACCGGGGAUUGUUGACACCCCUCUCAUCCACUCGGAGAGUCUGAGGCCUCUGGUGCAGCGCUGGCUGUCAGAUAUCCCUGCUGGUAGACUGGCUCAAGUGACAGACCUGCAAGCUGCAGUGGUCUACUUGGCAUCUGACGCCUCCGACUACAUGACAGGGCAUAACUUAGUCAUAGAGGGUGGGCAAAGUCUGUGGUAGAGGGGGUUAGAUGAAGAGAUGAAAACUUUUUUCCUCUUCACUCUCCUGGGAUUAGUCUCAGAAAUAGGUGGCAUUCACAUUGUAUCCCUGUGACACAUUCACAGCAGUAUUAGUUUAAAUUUUACUGGAUGUUUAACUUUUGGUCAGCCACCAUCUAUCUUAUGGUGUGGUGAGAUGAAGGUUUGGUUUGCUAUCAUAUGUUAUGGCUGUGGCACACUGAACUUUUAUGUGGAAAAAAAUAACUGUAUCUUGUUAAGUAAUAAAAGCAGAGUAACCACCACCAGUCCUCUUGUCACACAGUGGAAAUUUGCUGACUUGUUUGAGAAAAGUCCAAGAGUGAAAAGGAAAACUGUAAGUGUUCUUUAAUACACGUCCAAAUUGUUUUGUCACUGUUUCUGCUGCAUAUUCUCUAGACAUUUUUUUCAUUCUGUUUAAACUCAGUUUUGUUUUUGAAUGUGACUGUUAGUGUUUGUCUUAAAUGACACUGUAAGAAACAGAUCUUUUUCUAUUGUAUCAAAAAUGCAAAAGCAAACUUUUUUUUUUGUAAGUACAUUUUUGUAGCACCACUCAAUACAAAUGCAGUUCAAAGUGCUUUACAGGACAACAAAGGAAUGAGAGUUUGGUAUUGUGAUGAAUAAAAGGAAGC